UGUGUCUGUGUGUGUGCAUAUGUACUGUAUGUGUGUGUGUGCAUAUGUACUGUAUGUGUGUGUGUGUGUGUAUUUGUCAACAGUGGUCAGGCGUGAACAAAAAUACUGCAUGUGUGUGCCUGUGUUUAGCAUAUCAAUGCAGGCAGUGGACAGAGAGAGGGGCAGAAGGCCUGAGAGUUCUAGUAUCCCCUGUGGGUGACCUGGCCGCUGUAUUUAAAGGGCAUUAAAGAGGCCUCGCUGAGCUGACAUGAACAUCUUUACUAAGGUCCCAGGACUAGUCCAACAAACCAGGUAUGUUCAGAGUGGUGUUGCGAGGACACGGCUGACUGUGUGUGGGGGUCCGGAGGACGAGCCGGCCGGUGUGUCAAAAAAAAAAACUCUGACCUCUAACCCCCCGUCAACGGCACUGGGUCCUCGUGCUGGUGUGCACUUUGUCUCUCUCGCUGAGAAAACCCAAAUGUCUCCAAAAAUCAAAUCCUACUGAAUGAUUUGUGACUGAGUCGAGAUGAUGGGGGGAAAUGGAGUAUAUACUAUGAACAAUCUCACCUCCACACAGCAUUGCCCUCUGUCUGCACUUAAGAGCAAUAAAAUAUGUGCAGUCUGGCUGAGCUCUUCACCAGUGAGCACCACUCAAAAACUCAGAAACAAAUCAGCCCAUGUGAAAACUACAUCCAUGAGUUUUCCUUGAUCAAAAUGUGUAUUCAUGGUCAACAGUGUUGUUAUCAUAUUAUCAUGAAAAGAAAACAAUCUUUCCUUGGUGAAGUUAAAAUUGUUAUUGUUAUUGUGUGUGUGUGUGUGUCCGUCCACAGCAAGCUGGGGUCUGUGCUCCAACGUGCAUUUUACGGGUCCAGUGGGAGGGUGACCCUUUUCGAGCAGCGUAACUUCGCUGGCAGACGUCUGGACCUGAGUGCCGACUGCCAGAGGCUGAGCGAGAAGAACUUCCCAGAAAGAUGCAACUCCGUGCAAGUGGAGAGUGGAGCCUGGAUUGGCUACGAGCAUGAGAACUUCCGUGGCCGCCAGUACCUGUGGGACAUGUCCGAGCGGGGCGAGUACAACUGCACUGAGAAGUGGUGCGCUCAGGCUGACCGCGUUGGCUCCGUGCGUGCCGUCAAACAGGACUCUACCCCGGCCCGUGCCCAGCUGUACGAGAGGGCUGGUUUCUCAGGCAAGAGGACUGAGCUUCAGGACGACAUCCCCAACCUCAUGACCCGCCACAGCCUCAACAGGGCCGCCUCUAUCCGCGUGCUGGGUGGCGCUUGGGUGGUGUACCAGGAACCCAACUUCAGAGGACCCCACUACGUCCUGGAGAAGAAAGACUACAAUAACUUCUCUGACUGGGGGGCUCAGAACAGCACUGUCGGUUCCAUGCGUCGUAUUCGAUUCAGCUGAGCCCCCUGUCAAGCCAACAACUCCCCCUCCCCCAACUCAAACUUCCCCCAUGCAAAACACUUUUUAUAAAUGACAAGUACAUUCUCGAGCACAACAAUCACAGACCCACAAGAGAAGCUAUUUUAAUAA